GGACAUUGUUCAACCAAACCCAGUGAUGGUUACUCACCGGGGAGCUAGUGUGAAUAUCACUUGCUUUUGGCCAACUGAUGUGAAUACCUAUGUUGUUUGGUUCAAGCAGACUCUUGGACAGAAACCCCUUCUCAUGACAUCGACACUUUCCAGUGGACAACAUUUUUACUUCAACAACUUUACCAAGAAUUUCACUGAGACUAAACAUCUGAGUGUGAAGAAAGGAGUUGACAGCUUUAACCUGACCAUCUCUAAGACAGAGCCAUGGGACUCUGCUACAUACUACUGUGGUGCCAUGAAAGUGGGCAAAGUCAAAUUUGGAGAUGGAACUUUAUUGAUUGUAAAAGGUUCAGAGUCCAACAGCAUGUCUGUGCACCAGCAGCCUGUGUCUGAGUCAGUCCAGCCAGGAGACUCUGUGACUCUGAACUGUACGAUACACACUGAGACCUGUGCAGGAGAACACAGUGUCUAUUGGUUCAGACAUGGCUCAGGAGAAUCCCAUCCAGGAAUCAUUUACACCUAUGGAGACAGGAGUGAUCAGUGUGAGAAGAGCCCUGAGGCUGGGUCUCCUACACAGAGCUGUGUCUACAACCUCCCCAAGAGGAACCUCAUUCUCUCUGAUGCUGGGACAUACUACUGUGCUGUGGCCUCAUGUGGGGAGAUACUGUUUGGGAACGGGACAAAGCUGGAUGUUGACCAUGGUUGUAAAGAGGACCAUCUUCUCUUGGUGUACUGUCUGGGUGUAGCGUUGGCUCUUUGUGUCAUCCUCAUCAUUGUCCUUGCUUAUGUUUUGUAUAAGAUGAUCAAGAAAACCUCUCUACUGUGCAGAGGAACGCACCCUCAGACAAGUGGUCUGGCAGUCGUCAGGUCUCAUAACCAGGAUCAAGAAGAUGAUCACACACUCACGUCGGUCCAUUACGCUGCUCUGAAUGUCAUCUACAAGAAGCCAAAGACCCAGAGACAGAGGAGCACCAUGGAGAGAGACACUGUGUACUCUGGGGUGAGGUGCCAAAACAUGGACUGAAACAUCAACUUUUGCUCUUUAAUAAUGUGAAUUGAUUUGUUGUUUCCUACACUAUAUGUAUAACUAUGGCUUUUUCAUUGUGUGUUACAAUUUGUUGUAUUCUGUUCAAGCUCCUUUUAAUAACUGUUCAUGGUAUUCUUUCACUGUAAUAACUACUGUAAAUUGGACAGUGCAGUUAGAUAAACAAGUAUGUAACCUUUCUGCCAA